ACACGAGCCAGUUUACAAGUUGUCAUGCUCGCACCGCAGAGCGCCAUACGAAGCCACUAGCCCGGACUCGGUGGGGAACAUGGAGGGCAGCAGGAGCUCCCCGGGCUGCUUCGACAGGACGUUUUCCGCCCUCACGGUCGACGACGUGUACGAGAUCGCCAAGCUGAUCGGCUCCGAGGUGGAGAAGCUCAUCGACGGCUACGGGAAAGAGAGCGUCGAGGGUCUGGUGCCGAGGAUCGUGAAGGUGCUCGAGCUGCUGGAGAGCUUCGCCUCCAGGAACCACGCUCCGGGUCUGCGGGAAGAGGAGCUGCUGAGGACCUUCGAGACCAUCCAGCGGCAGCAGCAGAAGAAACGCGGGGGCAAAGACAGCGAGGAGGGCAGCGAUAAUGAAAUACGGGAGUUGCAGCAGAAGGAACAACAGUGGAAGAGGAGGUGUGAGGAGCUGCAGCUCCAGGUGCAGCAGCUCCAUGAGGACAGAGAGGAGCUGCAGAACAGGCUGAAGGGCAACCAUGCACAGGAAGAUCGUGUUCAGAGGCAGGAGAGGGAGGUCAUGCUGAAGCUGAAGCAAGUGGUGGACAAGCAGAGAGACGAGCUGAGAGCCAAAGCUCAGGAGGUCACCGUCGUCUCUAAAGAGGUGGAGGCGCUCCAGGAGCAGUUGGAUCGCUUCAUGAAAAUGAACGCAGAGCUGCGGCACAAACAGAACGUUCUGCAGGCGCAGCUGAAGAGCACCGUGGAGAGGAAGGCAGACAUGGAGGCCGACCUGAAGGAGAGAAGCAAAGAGAUGGAACGACUCCGAGCGCAGCUGAGUGAUGCCAGCACAAGCAGCCCUUCCAGUCCAAGUAAAUCAGCAGAAGAGUUGAGCAAAAAGCCGACGGAGAACCAUCUGGAUCCCGAUCUGCCAUGCUUCACAAAGAAGGAGGUGCGGGACAUCCUGUUUGAGAGGAACGAGCUGAAAACCAACCUCUUCCUGGUGCAAGAAGAGCUCAACUACUACCAGAGGGAAAUAUUGAACGAGGAGAGGUGUCCGGGUUUCCUCUUAGAAGCUGUCCGCUCCGCCAUCAAAAAGAGAAGGAGGCUGAUAAAGGCCAAGAUGCUUGGGAUUCCUGCAACUGAAUGCAACAGCAGCGAUGAGGAAGACAGAAGUUCUCGUUUCGGGCAGACAGAAGUGGAUGGAGCAGCAGCAGACGGAGCUGACAAACCAGCCGAGUCACGUAUUCGAAACCUCUUUGGCUUUCUGACGCGGUCGGGCAGCGGCUCCGCCCACAUGAGCAACUCCGCCUCCACCUGGGAGAUCAUCGGCGACACGGAGGCUGGCGAGGACGCAGAGCAGCGUCCGUCUUCUUGAACCUGGUACCCCGUGAGAUUUCCUCCUGUCUGUCAGCCAUCUUUCUCUCCCCAGCAGAACAAUGGGUCGUUCACUCAGGGACACAGUUUUUUGGACUUUUGGAUGCAAACCCACACAAAAACACUUUGAGUUAAAAAAAACAAACAUACAUGAGUGAUUUCAACUCUUUCACUGUUUGAUUGUUUUAGCCCGGACUAGUUCAUUUGAGUUUGGCUGUUGAACUGGAUACAACGUUUGUCAGAAUCUUUUGCACAGUUCAGGUAUUACAAUACAAUCAUAAUGUAUUUUAUUACGAUUACAUUUUACUCAUGUGUUUUUGAGAGAUCUUUUAAACCUCAUAUAUUUUGUAUACAUCCUCAGAGAUUGAUAUAAAGACCAAAGACUGUAGACGUUUAACUUUUUGAAAGACUAACUUCCUCGUUGUUUAACCUCGGCUGCAAGAUGAAUCUGUAUG